UUAAUAAAUGAACCUUUUGGAAAAACUAUCUAAUAUUAUCUCUCAUAUUAUCCACUAAGUCGCAACAGGUUAUGAGCAUAAUCCAGAUUAUAUGAGAGAUUAAGAUAACAAUUGAAACAUGGUUACAGUGAAAUCUCAAUUAGAGAAUCUUGCUGAAGAUAGUCGAGGCAGAGUAAACUACAAGUCAUGGAAGUUCAAGUUGAAUCUAAUCUUAAAAACGAAGGAUUUAUUUCAAGUCGCAACUGGUGUUGAGGCUAGGCCGCGCGGAGUAGAGACGGAAGCAAUAGUCAAGGUUUGGUUGAAGAAGAACAUCGAAGCUCAAUCGUUAAUAGGAUUAAAUGUAAGUGGCGAUAUAGCAAAGAAAAUUUGUAAUUGUACGACUGCGAGUUCGAUGCUUAAAAAGUUAGAAACAUUGUACAGAAAAAAAUCAGAUAUUACUAUUGAAAGUUUGCAAAGAUUAUUUUUUAGUUACAAGUACGAUGAAAGUAAGUCUGUCAUUGAAAAUUGUAUGCAAAUCCAACAAUAUUCUGAUAAACUGACUGCUGAAGAUGAAGAAAUUAAAGAAAGUUGGAUUAUGUCCAGAAUCUUAAAUAUGUUGCCACCAAAGUUAUAUCAUUUCCGAACUUGUUAGGGCUGUAUUAACAGUGGAGAUAAAAAUUUAAGUAAACUUUUUGAACUUUUACGUUCGGAAGAAGACAGAUUAAAUGAAAGCAAAGAUGCAAGUCAAAUUGGUCAAAAUGCCUUAAUAUCAAAGCAGACAGGAAAGGAUAGUAAAACACAAAGUCAAAAAAUUGAGUGUCAUAAAUGUGGAAAGGUAGGCCAUAUAAAAAAACAUUGUAAAUGAACCUUUUGGAAAAACUAUCUAAUAUUAUCUCUCAUAUUAUCCACUAAGUCGCAACAAUUACAUUCCAUUGAUAUAGAAUUGGACAAUAAUUGAGAAUAUUUUUUUCUACAUGGAAGUGAUUUAAAAUUGCUCUAUUCUACGGAUACAGUUAGACCAAUAAAUAACUAAUUAUUCUCAAUUGUAGACAUCAGUUUUGCAGAAAUUCUAGACGCAUUUUGCUACCUGAGUUGUUAGACGAUUGGCAGAAACUGACUUUCUUAUGAGCUGGAAAAGACGCCAUCCACAUUAUUUUCACCAUCAGGUUAUUCUGGACCUAAUGAGUACAAAAAACUUUCAAACUCAACGUUUACUCUUACUAAGAGACCGAAAGAUUAAUUUUUCUGUGUCCAAAAUGAGAAUGGGAUAGCACAAGUGCAAAAAAUCAUAAAAAUAGAUGGCAAAAUAUUUGUUAGCUGAUGUUUGCGAUGGCAUUGAUGACUUUUUUGAAAAUCCCAUACAAUCAAGGAAGUUGGGAAUUGAAUUGAAUGGUGGAAUAAAAUUUGGUGAUUGGAACCGUACAAAUGUUCCUCUUUCAUUAAAUAAUAUUGGAGGAAAGACAUGAAAGCAUUUGUUGUAUUGGAGUUCUCUCCUCCAGAUGAAAGUGGAAUGCCAGAAGUAGCUAUGGCUCCAUCGUGCUGGCUUAUUUUAGAUGAAAAGCAAUGUUAGUGGCCUUAGCGCCUAAAGUCAGACUCAUCCAGAAAGCUGUUUCUGAUCAAUCGAACCCUAAUAAAGACUAUGAUAAAUGGCCAUUUAGUGAAAUACUUCAUGAAUAUGAUUUAUACUUAAAUGCUGUUGAAGGCGUAAGGAAAGGCGUAAAUACUACUGAUUUGGAUUCUGCCAAAGAAGAUGAUCGUGUCAAAUCUUCACGAGGGCGAAAAGUUUUUAGAAAGCAGUUGUUCACGAGUGAUAGAAACAAAAAUUAUUCUCUCUCAAAGCCAUCUAUAAAGGCAUCACCAGUAUUACAAUUUCAUGGUUCUGAUUAUGAAGAAGGUACGCAGAGUUCAGAUCUUCUUCCAACAACUCUUCUAACAAAGAAAGCUCAAGUUGAUCCAACUACAUCCACACUAAUGGUGUCACAGAAGCAGUUACAAUUUCCUGUGAAACGUACAUCUCAAAAAAUUUCGUCUUUGUCUGAUAUGCCUAAGAAAGAAAUCCAGAGAAGCAAGUUUCAAAAAAAGCAGUCUACUGUCAAAUCACUUGAGCAAGAAACAUUGUCCAGCCCUCGGACAACUACGUCCCAGUCUUCGAGAAAAUUACAUCACAAAACCCAUAUAGGACAAUACGUCCUUAGGAUCCUAACAAUAUCCAAGACGGCUCAGGACAUUUACAGGACAUUUUAAGAUAUCAUUAUAAAUGUAUUUUAUGAA